AUGACCUCGCGAGCCUCAUCAAUGCUGCGGCAGCGCACCGUCGCAAGCUUUCUCCGCGCUGAGCAGGCCUCCUCCGCCGCCGCCGCCGCCAGCCGCUCGUGCCUGCGCAACCGCCACGCCCAGCAGAAGCGAUGGAACACGCCUGCGCCUAAAGCCGGCGACGGCCCUCUCAUGGCUCGCCGCGCCGACCGCGAGCUGCCCGACCUCUCCCAGGUCGGCUUCCGCUGGGGCCGCACGCUGCCGCUCUUUGCGCUGCUCGUCGCCGCCUCGUCCUUUGCCAUUUUCAACUACCAAAAGUCCUCCUCGCCCGUCAUAUCCUCGACGCUCUACGCGCUGCGCACCUCGCCGAAAGCCCGCGCCGUCCUCGGCGACGAAAUCUACUUCAAGCACCAGAUCCCCUGGAUCGGCGGCGAGAUGAACCAGAUGCAGGGCCGCAUCGACAUUAGCUUCUCGGUCCGCGGCACCAAGGGCACCGCCGUCAUGCGCUUCACCAGCCGAAGGCCCACCAGCCGGAGCCUGUUUGAGACGUCGGAAUGGAGCCUCCGCACCGAGGACGGGCAGUGGAUCGACCUGUUGGACGAGGGCGACCCCUUCAAGAGCCUGCUCGCGGACGACACGCUACCGCCGUCGCCGGCGCUGGACGAGGAGGCUGUCCAGAGGGGUUUCAGACAGCAGGGUGCGCUGAAUAAAUAG